AAGAAAGAACAGAGAGAGAGAUCGAAGCUUUAUGAGAGAACCGUAAAACCCUCUAACCUUCCGGCCUCGAUUUCUUGCGAUCCGUAACUCCAAUAAAAAAUCUAAUCCGGUAAAAGUGUUCGUAUCUUCCUCCUCUACGUGUUGGCGUUACUUUUGUCCGGUGAAAAUCCACGGUGACGUAGCUCUCCUACCCCUUGAGCUUGGCCAACUGGAGUUCUAGGAGGCACGGAGGAUUCCGGACGUUUUUUCCUUCAGCAGCAUGGUCAGAAAGUUUCUCUAGAGUUUCGAGUAUUUCGAUUACGUACGAAGAUGGAGACCGGAGUUAUAUUUUACGAGAUGGACCCUCCCUAUAUAUACGAGGAUAUUGUACAACAUAGGUUUUAUGUAGUAGUUGCGGAGAUUAGGACUUGUAUGUACAUUCUGCGUGAUCAUCCUUUCCAUCACCUGAUUGACACUCCACAGUUUAACCUCGACAUGCCCUAUGAGUUCCCACUGCAGUGGCUCCACCCGGAUGCUCCAUUUCACCCGUUUCAUGAUGGGCCGGUGCCUCACCAACAUCCCGAUCAGCCUGCGGAUCAGGCGGACCCUGAGCCUGAGCCCAUGGAGGAGCAUUUUUCAGAGCCUGUACCGGAGGAGGACAUCCCCGUGGAGCAGAUCUCAGUAUCUUCAUCCGAGCCAUCUUCUGAGGAGCCGCUCACCGCCUCUAUUAGUGGACCGGCGAGUGCUGGUCAGACCAGUAGCACGAGUGCCAGUGCCCCUCCCGAGAUUAUAGAGAUUUUCGAUGACGAGGACGAGGAUCCUGAGGAGUGUUUUUAUGUGGUUGUGAUCUCCUCUGACGAUGACAGCUGAGUCCUGGGAGCUGCGGUUGUGCCUUUUGAUAGUUUUUUUGUGUUAGCCUAGCCUUUAUGUUAAUCUCUCACUUUUGGUCAGACUCACUGAGAGAGUAGGGUGUACAUAGUGGACUAGGCUAGUUCGGGUGCCAGUUUAGGAGUUUUCUAUAUGGAUCAGGGCCCGGAGUGUUGGGUUGUACAUAGUAGUAUUUCUGAAGGGUUGUAUGCUAACUCAGGAUAUAUAUAUAUAUAUAUAUAUACGACAGUACCUGUAUGCUUAUGCGUGGCCUAUGCUAUGUGUUGUGAUUGUAUAUAAUGCCGGCUUGUGUAUGUUUAAUUAGUUGUCCUUGCAAGUUUUCUUAUAAAAGUUUUUCCAAAACUCGAUAGUACGCUAACCCGAUUACAGGCUUAAUAAUACAUAGUAAAGGUUUCAUGUGAACAAGUUGGUGACACUUGAUUUCUGGUAUGAUCAUGACUUACUGGGAAUUG